AUGGCAGAUAAGAAAUAUAACAUUGGAGUGAUUGGCUAUGGCAUGUCUGCCAAAGUCUUCCAUAUCCCCCUCGUCCUCGUUACUCCAUCAUUCACUCUCCACUCAAUCGUUCAGCGAACUCCCAAGCCCAACGACGAUGCCUCCAAAGAUCAUCCCGAAGCCAAAAUCUACAAUUCCGCAGAUGCUAUGUUUGCAGAUCCCGCAAUUGACAUCAUUGUCAUAACCACAACGCCUGAGACACAUUUCCCUUUCACGAAGGCCGCUUUACAAGCUGGUAAACAUGUUUUGGUUGAGAAACCAUUCGUACCUACAUCUGCAGAAGCUUCGGAGCUUAUUUCCAUAUCCAAAGAGACUGGAAAACUCAUUUGCGUGUAUCAGAACAGGAGAUGGGAUUCGGAUUUCUUGACUGUCAAGAAAUUGAUCGGUAGUGGUGUGUUGGGAAGGGUAGUCGAAUUCGAGACACAUUUUGAUAGAUAUAAGGGCGACAAACCUGCAACUUGGAAGGGCACCUUGACCAUGGAGGAUGCCGGCGGUGUUGUAUAUGAUCUUGGAACACAUUUGAUUGAUCAGGCAUUCUGCUUAUUUGGGCUGCCGAAGACAGUAACAGCAAUCUUUGCAAAUCAAAGGGCCGAUGGUUCAGCAGAACCGGAUAGUAUGACGGUUAUGCUAGGUUAUGGUGAGAAGGGACCAUUAGUGACCGCAAAGGCUGGGGUUAUGUGUGUGGAAGAAGAGCAAUUACGGUUCUGGGUUCGAGGUUCCCAAGGCAGUUUUAAGAAGUACCAUCUCGAUGUUCAAGAGGACCAAUUGAAGGCUGGGCUCAGACCUGGUAAUGCUAACUUUGGUGUUGAAUCAGAGGAUAGGUCCGGAAGAUUAGUGGUAUUUGAGGACGGCAAACCUAAGGGUAGCACAGUCAAGAACGUGACUCCGCAGACUUAUGCUGCUCUCUAUCAGGGGUUCGCUAAUGCUGUAGCUAAUGGCAACGAAGAUGCUGUUCCAGUUAAAGCAAGUGAGGCUAGAGAUGUUUUGAGAAUUAUUGAGGCAGCAAGGGAAAGUGCUAAGAGUGGAAAGACUAUAGUAUUAUAG